AUGAUUCCCACUCCAGCUAUUACACGUAGUAUGGUUUCUACUAAUACUACUAAUACUAUUAUUGCUUGGCGAGGUUUAUCUCUUCACGCCUGUUGCGCCCUGCGUUUCUUUGGAUACUCGGCCUUUGAUAGUAUUCGAAAACCACCCAAACAAGGACGACGGGCAUCAUCCUCUUCUUCUUCUUCUUCUUUCGCCGCUUCUAAUAUUUCAUGUGGAGUAAACAGUACAGGCGGAGAUGCGAAUCCAUACAAUAGUAAUAGUAAUAGUAAUAGUAGUAAUAGUGGUGGUGGUAUUCGCAUGAGACAGACUCCCUCUGAACGACGGCGAGAGGCGAAACAAAUAUUCCCAGAAACCUUAAAGAGUGGACGAUAUAAACAACAAGAAACAAAAGCCCAACGUUUAUAUAAAGGCCCCAACACUUCUAAUGAAAAAGCACCCGAUAGACGUUUCUUCCGCAGACUUGCAGACUACCGAGAGGUGCAGGAUGAUGAUCCGUACGCUGGUGUCUUUCGUGAGCGGGCGUCUGUGCAGAAGCGACGGGUGCAGGAGUGGCAGCGACAGUUUGAGGAGGAAAACGCAGAUGUGGAGUUGCCGUAUGAACGAACAAACGUUCUUGCGAAACUCGCCCCAAAUUGGUUUGUACGUUUCUUUGUGGAUAUGCGAGAUAAGGGCGGUGUGGAUCACUUGGGAUAUCUCCUGGUUUGUCUGUUGGUGACGGUAACGCUGCUGUGGUGUGUGGGGUAUCUCUGCUAUACUCCACCGAGUAAGUCCAGGCCUAUCGCAGAAGUGCGGUGA